CUAUCCGGGUCGUGAGACUACCGCUUAAAAGAUCACUGAUGUCACUGUUUGCGCCGCUUAACGACAUCACGUGACGUCCACCCACUUUCGCUAACUCCACCCAAUGUGUCCACCCACUUCCAGCCAGCACGGUUCAGCGCGAUUGUAGUCGAAAUGCAACUCCAACAGCCCGGCUCAGCCCGACUCGGCACGGCACGGCUCAGCCCGACUCAGCCGCGUUUGUAGUGGAAAAGCGGCAUUAGUGGGAGCCAUAUAGCUGACAGUAUUAUACGUAAGGCCAACGCCAAACUCAGGUUUCUAUACAGGCAGGCCCGGAACCUCGAUAAGGCAAUCAAGAAACUUUUUUCUGUCAGCUCUUAUCCAAUGUCAUUUCAACUAUGCCAGCUCCACUUGCUACUCUGGCCUUACCAAGAGUUAUAAGAAUCGUCUUCAGGUUACACAAAACAAAAUUAUUGACUUUAUGCUGAGUUCCUCCCCCAGGAUUCCUAUAGGGUUUACUGAGUUCAAACAGGUCAACAUGUUGCCAGUCCAUCUCCGAGUCAAACAGUGACAACUCAAUCACAUCCACAACAUGUUAUAUGGUAACGCUCCGAGAUAUCUCUCAUCUUCUAGAAGUGUUCGGAAUACCCGCCAUAAUACCUGUUCAGGUCCCAUGCCCCUUUUUGUUCCUUCUGUAAAGUCAUUUGGCCAUUCUUUAUUUAGGUUCACCGCCAUCACUGCCUGGAACCAACUACCAAGUCAGUUACAGUCCAGAAAUGUUUUACAUAGAAGAAAGAAAGAAACCUUUAUUUGUCACAUGCACACUUCAAGCACAGUGAAAUUCAUCCUCUGCAUUUAACCCAUCUGAAGCAGUGAACACACGCGCACACACACACACACUCAGAGCAGUGGGCAGCCACACCAGAGCACCCGGGGAGCAGUCAGGGGUCAGGUACCUUGCUCAAGGGCACCUCAGCCCAAGGCUGCCCCAUGUCAACCUAACUGCAUGUCUUUGGAUUGUGGGGGAAACCGGAGCACCGGAGGAAACCCACGCAGACACGGGCAGAACAUGUAAACUCCACACAGAAAGGCCCCGGCCGGCCGUUGGGUUCAAACCCAGAACCUUCUUGCUGUGAGGCGACUGUGCUAACCACUACACCACCGUGCCAAUUUCAAGAAUUGUUUAUUUGAUCAAUUUUAUCAGCAAUCACUAAAUCCUUUUAUGUCCGAGUUUACCUUCUAGUCCAUGCCAUGUUUUAUUUUGUUUAUCUGCUGUACAUGACUUUCCCCCCCUUUUGUUUACACCCCCUUUUUUGUCCCUUGAUGUACUUGGACCACAAUGGAAAUAAUGGAUUUACACUUUAUUGUGCUAUCCAUAUAUUUUAAUGUGCACUAUACUUGUAUUUUGUACAUUAUUUUACUAAAUAAACUCAGCAGCAGCAGCAGCUUUCGGGAACAGAAUGCUGCGGAAACCAAAGCAUUUACUCUCAAAGGACUCUGACCCGAACUGUGGGCUAGAUCUUAUUCCCACCCCUCCAUGUCUCAGCAACCCCAAUGUAAUACAGUGAUACUUAUUAUUGCUAAAACAAUAUCUGAAGCGUUAUUUGUAAAGUAACAAAAUAUCUUGCUCUAGACUUUCAAACAAUAUUUUAAGAUUUUAUUUUAAUUUUAUCUAAUAGUGGAUGGAACAAUAAUUACAACCACGAACUGAAUCAGCACAUUCCAGUUGUAGCUGUAGUCAUACAGUAACUAUAAUCACUCUUGUUAUAAUAAUUUCAAUCAACAGUUCAUGUUCAGUUCCUUCUUCAUUUAUUCUCGAUUCAAAAGACACAGCUGAGUCACGCAGGUUGAUCAGUGCGUAACGGACAAUAACAAUUUUAUCCAAAAUAGUUUUUCCUGCCUUAGUCGAUUUAUUUCCAUUUCACAUGCCUGCAGCUGGUCUAAAGUUCAGUGUGUGUGUAGAACUCUCUCGAACUGGAGGUUCAUCACUACACUCUGGCUCCAUGGGGACAUUUUGCACAAGACUGGGUUACUCUGAUAACAGAAACAAAGCUCCAGCGCUCUCUGCUCUUAAUCUGUUCUGUUCUUUCACGAUAUAUCGCACAUGUCGCUCCUUGUUGGGAUUUUUACUGAAUUAUGUCCAAGUUGUUUAUCUGGUGUCCAAUCUGAGUUUUCCGUGUCGAAUAAGGAAGUUGGUUCAUCUGUAAGAAAAUCAUUUGAUUUUGUUUGAACACUUUUUUAUGAAGAAGCUCACUCGAAUGUGAGCAGAAAUGAAAUGAGAUUCUUAAGCAAACUCUUCCAUACUCACAUCCGACCUUCUAUUUCAAAAAAAGCAAAGCAUUUUAAAUACAAUCACGAAUUUAUCUGGAGUUUUCAGGCUUGGUUCCUUUCGUCGUAUUCUCUUUAACCACUCAUUUCUUCGUUGUUCUUGAAGCAUUUGCGUCUUUGUUAACAUUUUUCUUCAUAACGGGGAGAUGGUAAUAACAUAUUUUUUUUUCUAUUUGAAUGAUUUGAACAACCAAAAAGAGUGCAAAAUAAACCAUAUUUAAGACAGAUUAAGCCUUGCUUACACGAAAGACGCUGUCUGUCUGUCCCUCAGGUGAAAUUAUCACGUGAUGCGUGACGCCAUGCCCAAGGGGUCGAUUGGAACAGCAAGAACAAUUCUUUUGUUUCUGCUUUACACCAAACACAUUUGAGUUUGAGAUCAAAAGAUGAAUAUGAGCCGAUAGAUCAGAAUUUCAGCUUCAUUUCCUAAUCUUUACAUCUAGAUGUGUUCAGCAACAGAACAUGACACCUUUGGAGGCAGACCACCCAAUGGUUAGAAUGAUGGAGGGAAAGAGAUCAGACUCACCAGAACCCAGCUGUGUGUCCAUGAAGAGUGACGGGUCAAUGGGACUCCCAUAUCACUUCAGAGACAGAGACAGUCCUGCUGAUCUGAGACCACAAAAGAAGAAAUCAAACAUCAGCAGAAAGCAGCUGGAGUCCAUAUUCAAGGAGCUGGAACACAAAGUCAUCAGUGUGAUCCAGAAGGAGCUGAAGAGGUUUAAGAAGCUCCUGAGUCCAGAUUCCCCAGCAUGCUCUGAGAGGGAGGUGGAGGAUGAGGAGGAUCAGAGCAGUGUCAGAGAGGGAGUGCUGAAGAUCACACUGCACUUCCUGAAGAACAUGAAACACACAGAUCUCGCUCACACACUGCGCUACAAACACGUCUCUGUGUAUCGGCAAAAGCUGAAAUCCAACCUGAGAGAGAAGUUUAAAAGAGUUAAUGAAGGAAUCUCACAGCAUGGAAGCUCAGCUCUUCUGAAUGAGAUCUACACAGAGCUCUACAUCACAGAGGGUUGGAGUGGAGAUGUCAAUAAAGAACAUGAGGUGAGACAGAUUGAGACGGCGUCCAGGAGACCAGCAACACAGGAGACACCCAUCAAAUGUAAGGAUCUCUUUAAAGACACGUCCAUCAGAAGUGUGCUGACUAAAGGAGUUGCUGGAAUUGGAAAAACAGUCUCUGUGCAGAAGUUCAUUCUGGACUGGACUGAAGAAGAGAAUCAGGACGUCACCUUCAUGUUCCCACUUCCCUUUAGAGAGCUGAAUCUGAUGAAGGAGAGAAAUCUCAGUCUGAUGAAUCUUCUUCAUCACUUUUUCCCAGAAAUGAAAGAAUUACGAUUCAUAGACUGUGAUAUGAACAAAGUCCUGUUGAUCUUUGAUGGUCUGGAUGAGUGUCGACUUCCUCUAAAUUUCCAGAACAAUGAGAGAUUGUGCGAUGUGACAGAGUCGGCCUCAGUGGAUGUGCUGCUGACAAACCUCAUCAAGGGGAAUCUGCUUCCCUCUGCUCUCCUCUGGAUAACCUCUCGACCAGCAGCAGCCAAUCAGAUCCCUCCUGAGUGUGUAGGCCAGGUAACAGAGGUACGAGGGUUCAGUGAUCCUCAGAAAGAGGAGUACUUCAGGAAGAGGAUCAGUGAUCAGAGCCUGGCCAAUAAAAUCAUCACACACAUGAAGUCUUCAAGAAGCCUCUACAUCAUGUGCCACAUCCCAGUCUUCUGCUGGAUCUCAGCCACUGUUCUCGAGAGAAUGUUGGGUGAAGCAGAGAGUGGAGAGAUCCCCAAGACUCUGACUCAAAUGUUCACACACUUCCUGAUCUUUCAGAUCAAACACAAGGAGCAAAAGUACCAUCAGAAAUGUGAGCCUGAUCCUCAGCAGACCAGAGCGAGUAUCCUGGCACUGGGAAAACUGGCUUUCCAACAGCUGGAGAAAGGAAACCUGAUCUUCUAUGAGGAAGACCUGAGAGAGUGUGGCAUUGAUGUGAGAGAAGUGUCAGUGUACUCAGGAGUGUGUACCCAAAUCUUCCAAGAGGAGUUUGGGCUUCACCUGGGGAAGGUGUUCAGCUUCGAACAUCUGAGUGUUCAGGAGUUUCUGGCUGCUUUAUACACAUUUAUCUCCUUUAUCAGCAGAAAAGUAACAGAACGACAAACCACUGAUCUGUCUGAUCUUUUCACCAAAUCAAACAUGUCUGAUUUUCUCAGGAGUGCAGUGGACAAGGCCUUACAGAGUGAGAAUGGACACCUGGACCUGUUCCUCCGCUUCCUUCUGGGUCUCUCACUGGAGUCCAAUCAGACUCUCUUACGAGACCUACUGCCCCAGACAGGAAGUAGCGCUCACAGCAAACAGGAAACAGUCGAGUACAUCAAGGAGAAGAUCAGGGAGAAUCCAUCUCCAGAGAAAUCCAUCAAUCUGUUCCACUGUCUGAAUGAACUGAAUGAUCAUUCUCUUGUGCAGGAAGUACAAUGUUACCUGAACAGAGGAGAUUCCAGGCGUCUCAGGGGAGUCAGUCUCUCUCCUGCUCAGUGGUCAGCUCUGGUGUUUGUGUUACUGAACUCAGAACAGGAGCUGGAUGAGUUUGAUUUGAGUAAAUAUGACCCAUCAGAGGAAUGUCUUCUGAAGCUGCUGCCAGUGGUCAAAGCCUCCAGAAAAGCUCGUCUGUGGGGGUGUAAACUGACAGAGGAAAGCUGUAGAGUUCUGUCCUCAGUUCUCAGCUCAAACUCCUCCAGACUGAGAGAACUGGACCUGAUUUACAAUAACCUGCAGGAUUCAGGAGUGAAGCUGCUCUCUGCUGGACUGGAGAAUCCACACUGUACACUGAAGACACUGAGUCUGUGUUACUGUAAUCUGACAGAGGAAAGCUGUAGAGUUCUGUCCUCAGUUCUCAGCUCAAACUCCUCCAGACUGAGAGAACUGGACCUGAGUUACAAUAACCUGCAGGAUUCAGGAGUGAAGCUGCUCUCUGCUGGACUGGAGAAUCCACACUGUACACUGGAGACACUGAGGUUGUCUAAAUGCAGGAUUACAGGUGAAGGUUGUGCUGCUCUGGUUUCAGCUCUGAGGUCAAAUCCCUCAUCACACCUGAGAGAACUGGAUCUGAACUGCAAUAAACCAGGAGAAUCAGGAGUGAAGCUGCUCUCUGAUCUACUGAAGGAUCCACACUGUACACUGGAGACACUACAUCUGUGGGGGUGUGAUCUGACAGAGGAAAGCUGUAGAGUUCUGUCCUCAGUUCUCAGCUCAAACUCCUCCAGACUGAGAGAACUGAACCUGAGUUACAGUAACCUGCAGGAUUCAGGAGUGAAGCUGCUCUCUGCUGGACUGGAGAAUCCACACUGUACACUGGAGAUACUGAGUCUGUGUGGGUGUAAUCUGACAGAGGAAAGCUGUAGAGUUCUGUCCUCAGUUCUCAGCUCAAACUCCUCCAGACUGAGAGAACUGAACCUGAGAGACAAUAACCUGCAGGAUUCAGGAGUGAAGCUGCUCUCUGCUGGACUGGAGAAUCCACACUGUACACUGGAGACACUGAGGUUGUGUAAAUGCAGUAUUACAGGUGAAGGUUGUGCUGCUCUGGUUUCAGCUCUGAGGUCAAAUCCCUCAUCACACCUGAGAGAACUGCAUCUGAACCGCAAUAAUCCAGGAAAAUCAGGAGAGAAGCUGCUCUCUGAUCUACUGAAGGAUCCACACUGUACACUGGAGACACUACAUCUGUGGGGGUGUAAACUGACAGAGGAAAGCUGUAGAGUUCUGUCCUCAGUUCUCAGCUCAAACUCCUCCAGACUGAGAGAACUGAACCUGAGUUACAAUAACCUGCAGGAUUCAGGAGUGAAGCUGCUCUCUGCUGGACUGGAGAAUCCACACUGUACACUGGAGACACUGAGGUUGUCUGGCUGCAGGAUUACAGGUGAAGGUUGUGCUGCUCUGGUUUCAGCUCUGAGGUCAAAUCCCUCAUCACACCUGAGAGAACUGGAUCUGAACUGCAAUAAACCAGGAGAAUCAGGAGUGAAGCUGCUCUCUGAUCUACUGAAGGAUCCACACUGUACACUGGAGAAACUACAAUUUAGAUUUUCAUCCUGAUCUGAUCUGAGUCUCACACACAGAGGAUGAUGAGGAUAAACCCUUACAGUACAAAGUGAUUUGAAAAUCAUCAUCAUUUAGUGAUAAUCAGAUGUGUACAACAUGUCAGCACUUCCACUUCUCUAGUUGUUUGUAAAAAUACGCCAGCUGAGAUAAAUAAACUUUAAUGAACUCAACAAUCAUAAAUAUUUUCUUAUUCAUAUCUUUUACAGCAAAACAGAAACUGUUAAUGCACAUCGAACAUCAUUUAAUAGUUUUGUAUGUACAGUAUGCUUCUGUUUUUCCAUUUACAUGCAGCAGAAGGUCACAUUUAUGUUUAAAACACAUCAUAAAUAUCUUAUAGUAUCAGUUCACUGCAGUAAUUUGAUCAUUGCACAAAGUUACACACUGUUUAUAACUGCGUAAAGUAAAUUAUUUUCCUCCUGGAGUUGUUAAAUUUCAGAUGAGAGGUUUAAUUUGGUUGACUCUGUACAUAACUAAUGUUUUAAUCAAUUUUUAAAUGCUGUGUUUAUAAAAAUGCAGAUGAUUAUCAAUUCUGUAUUGAAAUGUUAGAAAUAUUUGUGUGAAGACACUUCAUUGUGUAUAUGUACUGUGUGUGUGUCAAUACACAUCGAUAUACUGAU